UCUUCCUAAAUCAGCUCCUGGCUAUUGAGAGCGGGAAGCAGCAGCAGUAGUCCUCUGCUCUCUCUUUCGCCUCUGAUCGUCUCUCUCUCUCUCUCUCUCUCUCUCUCUCUCUCUCUCUCACACACACACACACACACACGCACACACACACACACACACCUCUUCUCCUUUCUUUGUAUGGACUUUACUUUCUAGAGGGGAGAGGAUGACAAAGAUGAGGAUGCAGCUGGUGUGCGCGAUGCUGCUGGCGUUCGCCUCUUGGAGCUUGUGCUCAGAUUCAGAAGAGGAAAUGAAAGCCUUAGAAGCAGAUUUAUUGACCAAUAUGUAUACAUCAAAGAUAAACAAGGCAAAGCUUCCUCAGUGGAAAAUGACCCUUCUAAAUAUUUGUGACCUUAUAAGCAACAUAAACAACCAAGACGAGGAAGCAGGUGAGGCCACAGAAGAGGACCUCCUUUCCAGAAGGCAGUUCCCUGCUACUCUUGAUGGCUUCAGUAUGGAAGCAAUGUUGACACUAUAUCAGCUUCAAAAAGUUUGCCAGAGCAGAAACUUUCAGCACUGGGAGUUACUUCAGCAAGAUAUUUAUGAUCCAGAGAAUUCAAGUCAAGAUAAAGACCUGAUGAAGAGAAAAACUCCUUACAUUCUGAAACGGCAGUUACAUGUGAACAAAGCCAGACGACCAUACAUACUGAAGAGAAAUUCAUAUUACUGACUCAGCAGCUAAAGUAGUGUUUAUUUAGUUUAAAAGUAACUGUGCUUUAUGGUUACCUUAGUUCAACCUUAAAUCUUUUUUUGUGGGAAAUAUAUUAUGGAAAGUGAUCAAGAUGGUAGCAUAAUUUUGUCUUUUUUGCCACUGUUGUUUCUUGAUUGUGAUUUUUCCUACUUAAAAUUAAUUGGACUAAUAUAUUUACAAAUAAAUCUAGUUUCUAAGCAUGAUGUAUUGUACACCACUGGGAAUUUUAAACUAUUGGCAGAUUGUAGUAUAGUGUUAACACUGCACCACAUGUUUCAGCAAGUCAAACAAGUGUGUGUGAAGCCACCACAUGGGUGAUAGCAUCCAAUCAUAAUAAGCAACUAAAUGACAAUUUGAAACCUU